CAGGGAGAGCACGGAAGUGUGGGCGGAAGUGGAGUUGCCGACGCUUUAGCUGGGGGACCUGCGGAGUAAACAGAUGCUGUGCGGGCGCCUGUAGUCGGUGUCGGAGGGUGCAGGCCACCAUGAACCGACUCCAGGAUGACUACGACCCCUACUCAGUUGAAGAGCCUAGCGACGAGGAACCCGCUUUGAGCAGUUCUGAAGAUGAAGUGGAUGUGCUUUUACAUGGAACUCCUGACCAAAAACGAAAACUCAUCAGAGAAUGUCUUACUGGAGAAAGUGAAUCAUCUAGUGAGGAUGAAUUUGAAAAAGAAAUGGAAGCCGAAUUAAAUUCCACCAUAAAAACAAUGGAGGACAAAUUAUCCUCUCUGGAAACAGGGUCUUCCUCAGGAACUGGAAAAGUUGGAACAGCUCUGACAAAGUACUAUGAUGAUAUAUAUUUUGAUUCUGAUUCUGAGGAUGAAGACAAAACAGCACAGGUGACCAAGAAGAAAAAGAAAAACCGACACAGGAUUCCAACAAAUGAUGAACUACUCUAUGACCCUGAAAAAGAUAGCAGGGAUCAGGCCUGGGUUGAUGCGCAGAGAAGAGGCUACCAUGGUUUUGGAAUACAGAGGCCACAUCAACAACAGCCUGUUCCAAAUAGUGACGCUGUCUUGAAUUGCCCUGCUUGCAUGACUACACUAUGUCUUGAUUGCCAAAGGCAUGAAUCCUACAAAACUCAGUAUAGAGCAAUGUUUGUGAUGAAUUGUUCUGUCAACAAAGAGGAGGUUCUAAGAUACAAAAUCCCAGAGAACAGGAAGAAAAGGCGAGGCCAUAAGAAGAUGAGGUCUAACCAUGAAGAUGCUGCAGAGCAGGCCGAGGCGCAAGUGGAAGAAAUCUACCACCCAGUCAUGUGCACCGAAUGUUCCACUGAAGUGGCAGUCUAUGACAAGGACGAAGUCUUUCAUUUUUUCAAUGUUUUAGCAAGUCAUUCUUAAAUAGCUGAGUUGGCAUUUAAUUGCCCAAUACAGUAUAUGAGGCAGAUAUGGACAGGUAUUUUCCUCCUGCCUAUUCAUAUCAAGUGACAUUCUGAGCGGUUAUUUGAGGAUGCAGUGUUUAUCUUUUUGAAAGAGAAUGGUUGUCAACCUUCAUCCCUCCACCCCCUUAAGAAAUUUUUUUUUCCCUAGCUCUGAUGGGACUGAUUAUUCAUUCCCUUUUUGAGGGGCAUUUGGAAAUGAUGGGGCUUUUUAUAUAUUAAAGCUCUUUAGAAUUAAAAUGUUCUGGAGUUAUAAGUAAUCUUUGUUUUAGUGUUAUUUUUAUUUUGGUUAUACUUGUGGUGUGAUUAAACAAGAAACUAUUGCCUGG